CACACAGCUGACUGUCAAAAACAUCGUUCCAUAUCGCAAAUUUAUUUUUAUUUAUUCAGCAUAAAUGUAUGUUUUCUCUCGCGCUGGCACUAUACAAUUUGGGACUUUCUCUCGCUCUUAUUGAUUAAUUGGUUUUGAUUGCUUGUUUAUGUCAAAAGCGUAAAACACGAAAAACACAACAAAGAAACUAUUUUCAGUGUGAAUAAACACGUAAUUAAUAGAGCCUAAUAAUUUUGAUGGUAUAAUAACAAGGUUUAACAAUAAUGGCUACUUUAGUUAAAGAGAAACGUAAAGAGAAGAAAAAGUCCAAGGAUAAACGUUCUAGAACGGAAAUAGUUGAUGAUACUCCAGAAAUUCCCAGUAUUAGUAAAGAGUCCACACUAGAGGAAAAUAUUUCUACACUGAAAAGUGAAGAACAAAUUUUGGAGUCCAAAGUGGAGGUUGCAGACACGCCGAGUAAAUUUGUUUCGAAGGCAAAAAAAUUAAAAGUUCAUAUUGAAAACGAAUCUGAAGCAUCCGAGGUAUUAAUGUGUUCUUCAGACAUCUCUAAUAUAGAAAAAGUGAACAAAUUCUUGAUAACGAGUCUGAUGUUCAAAAUAUUGAUAAAGGAGUAUCAACAACUACUGAUUUAGAAAUUGGCUAUAAAAACAUGACUAGUAAACUAAAAAGUAUGGCCAUAUCUCAGAUAACAGAAGUGAGUGAGGAAAGAAAGAAGGAAUUAGAAGAUCCUGAUGCCUAUUUGAAACACCCUGAAAACACAAAUACUCAAAAAAGUAAAGAAACAAGUUCAGAAUUACUUGAAAUAGGAACACCAGCUGUGGAUACUAAAACGUCAGAAAGCUUAGAAGAUGUGCAGCCAUCAGCCCCAGUGCUAGAAGAAGUGCCACAGGUAAAAGAAACGCCACAGGUUAUAUGUGAAAUAGAAGUUGCCCAACCCGUUGAGCCUAAAACGCAAUGUAUGUCAAUACAAGAUGCUGUAAGGUUGUUUGGAGGGAAAGAGAUAGCAGAAAUGCAAGCAAUGAGUGAAAGAGAAGAGGCUUUAGUGGAAAAUGGACCUGUCAUCGGACCUGACCAUCCUCUGGUGGAUUUAUUGUCUACAUUCAGAUCAUCACUAAUAGCAGUGGAACGCGAGCGCAACGAACUAACUGUCAAAGUGAAAGAUGAAGAGAAGAGUCGAAAUGCCCUGUGGAAAAUAGAAAAGCGCAACAUAAACAUAUCAGAGCCGUGUCUGUGCGGUGCCAGUGUAUACAUCAAAGCUAUCUAUGAGCAUGCUGAGCUGUUGAAAGAAAAGCUACCUGUAGCUAAGAUGAGACUGGAGUCGCUGUUGAGGGAUGUGCAGGAUUCUUACUGCCAUCAUCAGCAUGCAGCCUUGUUGGCACACCCUGUCAGGAUAGAAGAACUAAUAUCAGAAACGAUACGCGGCAGUAAAGCGGAGAUUCGCAACGCACUCUCGUUGAUUUUGCAAGCAUUGCGUCUGAGUGACACUGCACCCGCGUCGCUCGCCAGCGCGCUGCAGCGGUGGGCGUGCGCGCUAGCUGGCGCACUACUAGAUGCUAGUGACGUGAGACAGCUGUUGUUCCUGAUACAUCAUUUGUUCCGACAAUCCCAUUCAGUUAAAUGGGCGUCGAGAUACAUUCGUCUGAACGUUGAAGACAGCGGGGAGGCCGCUCGAGUAAUCGCGUUGUUGGAGAUCUUGCUGGCGAGACCAAAGCCUCAGUUGGACACUGCGGUCGAGUGUACAGAGGAAACGGAGGAAGUAUGGGAAGAAGUGGAUAAACACGGCAGCGGUGGUGCGGUGAGUGACGGCACUCUUCGCGAGCGCGACCUACUCGCGUUGUUGUACGCGUUCCCGCUGAGGGACCUGGUGUCGAGGCUGCUACUCUUCACUCAUGUGUCAGGCGCAGGCGGAGUCGUGGGGCGGGUGCGCGGGCGCGCGCGAGUGGUGCGCGCGUGUUGCGGUGUGCGCGUGCUGCUGCUCGCGCUGAGCCGCGCCGCGCUCGCGCACGCGCGGUACGCUCGCCUGCAACAAGCGCUGCGCACGCUGGCCAACGCAGCGCUGCACGCGCUGGCGGGUCUGCAUCACUGCUCACGAGAAUUCUAUACUGAAGAACUAAAAGGCAAGAUCAUAGCGGAGUUAGAAGCGUGUUUCACUGCUGGCUUCCUGUUGUUCGGGACCGAGGAACUGGACUCGCUACCGGCCUCGCUCCUGGCUGAUGACACCGCUAUGGAUUACUGCGUCACACUGGGCCUGGCUUUACAUGAUAAAUCUCCGCGACAUGUGGAGUCGUUGUCAAUAGAUCUCCCGGUGGGGUCGUGCGAGAUGCGCGUGCGCAUGGUUGCACAGGCGGCGAUAGAUCGCGCCUAUGACCACCAGCUAGCCAGGACCGUGUUAGAUUUUCUAUUUACGACGUGCCUCAAAAGCAAGUCGUCCCAGUGCAAGAGCGGGUGUGUGACGUCAGCGCGCGAGCCUGCCGCGGCCUGCUACCUCUACAUCGCGCUGCACACGCUCGCCGACCUGCACCACA